AAACGUCACAAACCGCUUUCCCUCUUUGAUGUGCGGCAAGUGUCCAGGAUGCUCUCCGUUUCAGCUACUGGGGUGUUUCUCGUGCUAGCUUGGGUUUACCCGAGCUCUGCACUUUACUUUCACAUCGGAGAGACGGAGAAGAAGUGUUUCAUUGAAGAGAUUCCAGAUGAAACCAUGGUGAUCGGAAAGUAUAGAACGCAGCAGUGGGACAAGAACUCCAACUCCUUCCUCCCAUCCACACCUGGGCUUGGCAUGCAUGUGGAGAUCAAGGACCCAGACACCAAGAUUAUCCUUUCCCGUCAGUACGGCUCAGAAGGACGCUUCACAUUCACCUCUCACACUCCCGGAGAACAUCAGAUAUGUCUCCACUCCAAUUCCACCAAGAUGGCGCUGUUUGCUGGUGGGAAGCUGAGAGUCCACCUGGAUAUCCAGGUAGGAGAGCACACAAACAACUACCCUGAAAUAGCAGCAAAGGACAAGCUGACUGAGCUGCAGCUGAGGGCCAGGCAGCUUCUGGACCAAGUGGAGCAGAUUCAGAAGGAGCAGAACUACCAGCGGUAUCGUGAAGAGAGGUUCCGCAUGACGAGCGAGAGCACCAACCAGCGUGUCCUCUGGUGGUCCAUCGCUCAGACUAUCAUCCUCAUCAUCACAGGAAUUUGGCAGAUGAAGCAUCUCAAGAGCUUUUUCGAGGCAAAGAAACUGGUGUAAAUAUCGACAUGACAGACUCCACCGACCUCAACAAUGGGAUUGUGAAAAACCAGCCAAGGAAACGUCUCCAAGAGGAAACAUCAUCCUCUUUUUUUUUCCUCAUUCCACCUGUGUUUUCUGGCAUUUUCUCCUUGUCUUGAUUCCCGUGCAGCUAAACUGAAUGUGUUUUUAGUUUUGAAGGCGUCUAAUUAUGAGUAUGGGUUUACUUUUAAGUUAUAUAGUUAUAAGUUAUAGCCUUGCACAUAGCUUAAUUGGCUGGUUGUUUUACCAGUAGAGUACAUUAUUGUUGUUUAAACGCAUCUGUUGUAAGUAUUUCGUAACUCCCUAGGCUGUGCUAGAACGUUAGCAGUGGCUGCUAGCAUUUACUAAAAUAAUAAAAUAAGUUAGAUCUUUGAUCAUUUUGCUGGCGACUCAGGAAAACAUCUCAAAAAUGCCCACACAGCAUUACUGAAACAGACCGUGUUUGGGUUUAGGUGGGUGUAUCUGUUCGAUGACAGCUUUUGUAAAUGGAGUUCUUAAUUUAUUUUCUGGCUUGUUUUAAGAAUCAAAGCUAAAAAGUGUAUUAUUUAAUUUCCAAAAGUCAGUAAAUUACUGAAUUAAAUGAUGCAUCAUUUUUAUUCGGUGAAACUGUAACAUGAUGAUUGGCUAUUGUGAAGCAAAAACAAUAGUAAUAUGCCUCGGAUCUGUUGAUGUACGGAAGUUUCCUCGCCAUGUUAUGAUGAUCCAUCACUGUGGAUCUAUUGAUUCAAACAUGCAAUCUGUCGUUUAGGUCCAUCUGUUCACUGCAUCGACACUCGCGCCUUGUUACUGUCAAGAGGUCACUCCGGUUUUUAAAAAGCUGAUUUCGAAGGUCACGCAAGUGAUUAAUAAAGAAACAGUGGAAAAAAAUUCUUCUGUUU